GAUGGAAGACCUGCUUAGGAAGCUUUGGAGAUGGAAAGAUUUCCAACAAGAGACAAUCAAUGUUCCUGUAAAAUAUUACGGACUCUCUGAGUACUUUAAGAAUAAAGCUAAACGUUUCAAUAUUAACCCAUCAAGUGUUUGCAUGUGGAAAGUUUGUCCGCCUUCGGCUUGGAAGGCCAGUGGAGAAAGAAGACUAAAGGCCUAA